AUGAGCCGCUAUGAAGCAGAGGUGGAGGCAGAGGAAGCCAACGAUCGGAUUCCUCUUUACCCUGGUGAUGAUCCUCGACCGACCAGCAACAAGGAGCUGGCUGGCUGGUAUUGUUAUGGCUGGGCUGCAGAGGUGUUCACCGUAUGUGCCAUGGGUUCCUUUCUACCUAUUACUCUGGAACAGAUGGCCCGGGAUCGUGGCUUUCUUCUAUCCGAUAAGACAACCCCAUGUAGCCCAACGUGGAAGCCUUCUCAUCAGGUCAGCCAUCGAUCCGGCUUUGAAGUUCAAAAAUCAAAUACGAGUCAAUGCAUCGUUUUCCUCUUGGGCGCAGAGGUCAAUACAGCCAGCUUUGCACUAUAUACUUUCUCCCUGAGUGUUUUAGUACAGGCGAUCCUCAUCAUCUCCAUGUCGGGCGCCGCAGAUCAUGGAAGCUAUCGCAAGAAACUUCUGGUGAUGUUUGCUUUCACGGGAGCUAUCGCGACCAUGUUGUUCCUCGCUGUUGCUCCUCGAUUAUAUCUCCUAGGGGGGUUACUCGCGAUUGUGGCCAAUACUUGCUUCGGUGCGUCUUUUGUUCUACUAAAUUCUUUCUUACCGGUCCUGGUCCGCCAUCAUCCUUUGAUCAUUGAGAAGAGCCAGCGGGCACGUCCUGGAGAGGAUGCCCAACGAGGACUCGAUGCAUCUACUCCACUACUUCAAUCUGUUGAGAAUGAUGGGGCUGGCGCUACUGGGGUGACAUCCCUACAACUUGGGCUCUCUACCAAAAUAUCGUCCUUUGGAAUUGGAAUUGGUUAUAUUGGUGCUGUAACUUUGCAGAUCAUAUCCAUUGCUAUCGUGGUGGUGACUCAGCAGACGACCUUUUCACUUCGCCUGGUCUUGUUCUGUAUUGGGCUGUGGUGGUUUAUAUUCACUGUUCCAGCAACCAUGUGGCUGCGCACUCGGCCUGGUCCCCCCUUGUUAAGCCAUGGGAAACCUCUUCACUCAUGGACGGCUUACAUACAUUACGCCUGGAUGUCUCUUGGGAAGACGGCCAUGCGUGCCAGACGGCUAAAGGAUCUUCUUCUCUUCCUUGCUGCCUGGUUCCUACUUAGCGACGGCAUCGCUACUGUCAGUGGAACAGCUGUACUGUUUGCGAAAACCGAACUUGAUAUGAAACCCGCGGCCUUGGGGCUCAUUAACGUGAUCGUCAUGCUUGCCGGCAUAUUUGGCGCAUUCUCUUGGAGCUAUGUGUCGAGCUUACUGCGUCUUCGUGCAUCGCAUACCAUUAUCGCCUGUAUUAUUCUGUUCGAACUGAUCCCCCUGUACGGAAUUAUUGGGUUCUUCCCGACAGUUCAGCGCUUAGGUAUCGGCCUCCAACACCCGUGGGAAAUGUAUCCCCUAGGAGCCAUUUACGGGCUCGUUAUGGGUGGGCUCUCAUCCUAUUGCCGAAGCUUUUUCGCCGAACUAAUCCCACCUGGGCAUGAAGCGGCUUUUUAUGCUCUCUAUGCCAUCACGGACAAGGGAUCCAGUGUUUUCGGCCCCGCGAUCGUCGGUGCUAUCACUGAUCGAUAUGGUGGGAUUCGACCCGCUUUUGUCUUUCUAGCCAUUCUGAUAUUUCUCCCUUUGCCGCUCAUGCUACUAGUGGAUGUUGAACGGGGAAAACGAGAUGCACUUGAACUCGGUGCUGACCUUGAUGGUUUGUCAGCAGCUCCGGGAUAUGGCACUAUACCCACAAUAGCUCGAGAAGAAUGA